AUGUUGUUUAACAUAAGCCUUUCCUCAUCUUAUUACUUCCUCCGAACAAGUUGAAUCUCUCUAUCUCUCUCUCUCAAAACCCUAACCCUUUGUACCCUACAGAUUCUAUGGCUAUUCGAUCAGGGUCAUUUCUGAUUGCAUUAAGAUUUUCUAUUUCAUGCUUUAUAAGAAUUUAAGCGUGGUUAGGUCCUUUUAUCGAUCCCGGGAGGCCAUUAGUGUACGCAUUUCUGUUCAUAGGCUCCCUUAUUCAGGAAUCUUCAGCACUAUGAGAGACGUUGAUAUAAAAGGUGCUUCUAGUUUGUGUAGCGUUGUAUCUGAUGGAAAAUCUGAAAUCCCACAAAUUGUAUCUGUUGGUCAGAAUACGGGAAAGUCACCCUUAAAUGUACAAUCCACCCCUGAAAUCGAAAAGAGGUUUGUGCAUCAUGUGUAUGAUGCUAUUGCUCCCCAUUUCAGUUCAACCCGGUUUGCGAAGUGGCCAAAAGUGGCCACCUUUUUAUCAUCUUUGCCUUCAGGAUCCCUCGUUCUCGAUGCAGGAUGUGGUAAUGGUAAAUACUUGGGUCUGAAUCCUGAUUGCUUUUUCAUAGGAAAUGAUAUAAGUGCUCCCCUUAUCAAAAUUUGUGCGGAUAGAGGGCAUGAGGUUCUGGUUGCAGAUGCAGUAAAUCUUCCAUACAGAACUAAUUUUGGUGAUGCAGCAAUCUCUAUUGCUGUAUUACAUCAUCUAAGUACAGAGACUAGGAGAAAAACAAUUGAAGAAUUAGUUAGAGUUGUCAAAAAGGGAGGCCUGGUUCUGAUAACUGUUUGGGCUGCAGAACAAGAGGAUAGAUCAUUGGUUGCCAAAUGGACUCCACUUACAGAAAAGUAUGCUGAAGAGUGGAUAGGACCAGGUAGUCCUCAUGCUCGUAGCCCUUCAUCCUUACUGUUACAAAGCAUCCCUGAAAGUGAGGAGAAUGGUUCAGGAGAGAAUGUGAAAGAUUCCGAGGAGAGUUCAAUGGAGAAGAUGCAUGAAAUCAUUCAUCUUACAUCUCAAAGUAACAAUGAUUCAGUUGCCUUUAAACAUGAAAAGAAUACCAACAGUCAACAGGAGUAUUUUGUUCCUUGGCACCUACCCUAUCAUCGUGCUGAAGUAAGUGGUGUUUCUGCUUCUGCUCUUGCAAAUGGUCUGGCUAAGAAAGAUGAUAAGAAGGGUGCUGUAGUCUACAACAGAUAUUAUCAUGUUUUCAGUGAAGGCGAGCUUGAAAGGUUAGUAUCUGGUAUGGACAAUGUAGUCAUUGUUGAUCGGUUUUAUGACAAAUCAAACUGGUGCAUCAUUCUUGAGAAAAUUCUAUGACUAAUCAAACUUGAUAUCUUGCUGAGACAAAUGGAAUUAUAUAUAUAUGAGAGACGGUUGAUCUUUUAUGCAAAGGGAUGGGCUGCAAGUGGUGAAGGCUUGGUCCCAUUUUGGAGUUGGGGAAACACUAAAAGUCUUGUAUAUGUGAUUUGUAGUUGAGGGUUUGUUUUUGUGUGUUGUUUCUAUUUUUUCUUUUUGUUUUUGACAGAGGGAGCACCCUGGACUGGAGGUUAUUAAGCAUUGGUAUUCAAAGGGAUGUAUUUUACCAUUACAUGCAUGGGGAGUUUGGGUAAUUCAAUGUAUUUUAACCAUGCAUUGUUUAAGCUAGGGAUGUUUUUAAAGGUGCUGCUAUGAGGCCUAGAAAGAAAGAAAGAAAUAGUAAUAAGAUGCUGCUAUGUAUGCAUAUGUAGUAGUAAUCAA